AACAGUAGCACUUUGGUCGCCACCUCUCUAGUUUCAGCUCGCUUUAAACAUCGACAACCAGCAAAAAAAAAAAACAAAAAAACAACACUGACUUUUUCUCCUCUUCAUCGACCGAUAACCGCUGUUUGGACGAGGUUGGAUGUAAAAGCGGGGACAGCGGCUCUUCCUGCGAGGAUACCGGCUCUAUUUUAUAUAUCUAUAUCUAUCUAUAUAUAUAUAUAUAUAUUUAUAUAUAUAUAUAUAUAUCGUUAUAAAACCAACAAGAAGAUAACGUUAUCUGUGGUUAACGUUAAUGUUAGUUGGCUCUCUCUCUGUGAGCUCGCUGCGUCGUGUUGCCCUGACGUUUUUUUUUUUUUUUUUUUUUUUUUUUUCUGACUUGCAGAAAUGUUGUCUCCAUCUGUCUGUAAAAGCCCCCGACGUGUGCCUGGAUGAUCCGACUCUUGGUCCUCAUGAUGCAGUCGGUGGAUUUAAUGAUGGAGAGAAAACCUCGGUUCCCCUGGGAGGAUCCUGGCUGAACCCAAUGUCGUCAACAGGAACACCAUCUCCAGCGGGCCAUCUCGGCGCAGCAGGUAUAUGGCGAGAAGCGGGACAACAUGGUCAUCCCGGUCCCCGAGGCAGAGAGCAACAUCACCUACUAUGAAUCCCUCUACCCUGGGGACUACAAGAUGCCAAAGCAGCUAAUUCACAUACAGCCUUUCAGCUUGGACACAGAGCAGCCCGACUACGACCUGGACUCGGACGACGAUGCGUUUGUCAACAAGCUGAAAAAGAAGAUGGAGAUCAGCUUCCUGCAGUUUGAGGAGAUGAUUGACCGGCUGGAGAAAGGCAGUGGACAGCAGCUGGUGAGCCUCCCGGAGGCCAAACUGCUGCUGAAGGAGGACGACGAGCUCAUCAAGGAGGUCUUUGACUACUGGAGCCGCAAGAGGAAAAACAGCAAGGCCAACUCUCUCAUCCCGACCGUCAAGCAGGAGAAACGGGACGGCUCCAGCACCAGUGACCCCUAUGUGGCCUUCCGACGGCGCACUGAGAAGAUGCAAACCAGGAAGAACCGUAAGAAUGACGAGGCGUCCUAUGAGAAGAUGCUGAAGUUGCGCAGGGAUCUCAGCAGAGCAGUCACCAUCCUCGAAAUGAUCAAGAGGAGGGAGAAGAGCAAGAGAGAGCUGCUGCAUCUCACACUGGAGAUCUUUGAGAAGAGAAAUGUAAUGUCAGACUUUGGUGGUGAGGUGAUGGCAGAGGUUUUGGCUGAGCGGGCGCUGGUGAGGCCGCAGAUCAUUCCGCUGGUCCCCCUCACCAACCAGUACCGACACCAGGACCACAUGGACCUCAAGGACUAUAAGUCUAAGCCCGAGAAGACGGAAGUUCCCCGGCAGAAGAGGCAAUACGUGAAGAAGCAGAAGGUGUUGCCUCUCUCGUCGGGCAUCCCCCACCACGCGGGUCCUGUUGUCUUCAACGCCAAGGACCUCAACCAGUACGACUUCCCCAGUUCGGAUGACGAGCCCUUCUCCCAGGUACAAACGCAGCUGCACUCAGGCUCCUCGGAAGCAGAGGAGGAGAACGACCCAGAUGGUGCCUAUGCCUUUCGUAGGAAGGCAGGCUGCCAGUACUACGCUGCUCAUCAGGAUCGUGUGGGUAGCUGGCCAUGGUGUGGACCCUGGGAGGACGGUUUGGCAGAAGCUCGGUUUCGCUACAGUCUCACCACGCUCACCGUGCCGCGGCGCUGCCUCGGCAUGGCUCGACGACGCGUGGGACGAGGCGGCAGGGUGUUGCUGGACAGGGCGUACACGGACUAUGACAACAUUUUCCACGGACUGGAUACAGACAUGCUCGACCUGCCUCUUCCCCCCUCUCCUUCUCCUCCUCCUACUACUACUUCACGCUCGCCGGCCGCCGACAAGUUUGCCAGUACCUCAGAAACAAAUACCUCAGACAGAAGUUCCUCCUCCUUCAACUCCUCUCUUUCCUUUCCCUCUUCCACGGACCUCAGUCAGAUACUGUUGAAUAUAAAGUCGUGCCGAUGGAGGCACUUUAGACCACGGACACUACCACUACAUGAGCUGGACAAUGCCCACCCGCUAUUCAGGAAGUUGAGUCGAGGCCUGAAGCGGCCUGUCUUGGCUUCCGCAGCAGGGGGACAGCCCUACGGCUCUCAGCGCCCGGCGAGGGUUGUCCCUGUACCCGCACCCGUUGCUGCUUUCACAGCCGAACAGUACCAGCAGCAUCAGGAGCAGCUGGCCCUGAUGCAGAAACAGCAGCUGGAGCAGGUCCAGCUGCAACAGCAAGCCAACAGCACCACCACUGCAAACAGCACACACGGCCUGGGAAAUACGUUAGACCAGGCCAGCGCUCAGUUCGCCGCCUCGGCCGUAGUCACCGCCGACCAACUGCUGGCUCUUAAAACCAAGGAGGAGCUAGCCCUGGGAGGCGGAGUCAAUGGCGUCCUCUCCCCCUCAGGUGUCUACAAGGGCUUGCACCUCUCGAGCACAGCGUCCCCUCCCACCACUACCCCGACACCCGCCUUGCUCCACCCCUGCACCACCAGCUCCACCUCCGCUACCAGUAACAACAACGGCACCGCCCACCCUGCCAACACCACUACCACUACCGCCGCCACUCAGGUCCUGCUGGGAAACAACAACAGCCUCCGUCUGGGACUUCCCACCGGCAAGCGUGUCCACGCCCCCCGGACGCUGAGCGCCACCAUGUCAACAUCCGCCUUAAAGCUCGCCCACGCAGCCGCCGCAACCGCCAACUGUCAGAAACCCAAGGUCACUACGGCCUCGGCCUCGCCGCUGGACAUAGUGCCCAGGGAGAAUCACGAACAAGACAAGCCAGCACUGAACAGUCUAUCAGAGAACACAAUGGCCAUGGAGGUUACGUAGCCUCCCGUUCGCAGCACUGGGGGGGGAGGCGUGACUCCCUUUUUGUUGUUGGGUUGUUCAUUUUUUUUUUUUUUUUAAGGUGCUAUGCAUCGUUUGUUUAGUCGUGACAGCGAGUGGUGGCGGAAUGAGCACGGCAAGGCUGGGUUUCCAUGGUAACUGUUUUGGGACUUAAUUGCAAUGCUCGUCUCGUACAAUUUUAAUUUCCCCCCCCUCCCCCAUUUCCCUAUUUGUUACUGUUAAUAAGAGAUCGUCUGUAAAUUCUUAAUAUGGCAAUUAUAUGUACAGUACUGCAUAUUUGUAAUAUCCCCUUCCCCCACGCCCCCCCACCCACCCACCUGUUCUUGUAUAUAACAUUACUUGAAUACAGAAUUGUUCAUUUGUGAUGUUUUGCACUCGAGAUAUUAAAAAAAAAACAAAAGAAAAUCUAAAUUAAAAAGAGUAAACGACAAA